AAAAUGAUUAUUCAAUUGGUAGAAAUCAUUAAGUCAAUUCUCAUGAGUAUUUUAUGAUAUUUUUCAACUAAAUUAAUUUUUUGUCUAUCUGUUAUGAUGGUUAUUCAGUGUUGAUGGGUUAACCACGUGGUAUUGUACCUGUUAAAUACUAAUAACAUAUUUUUACAGUAAACAACAUAAUCUAAGUAACAUAAUCUAGUUUUAAUAAUACACAAUGAAAGUGAAGAAGAUGAAGAAAGGAAUAAAAAAAUCAAAUAAAUCUGUUACAAAAAGAAAAAAGUCUGAGAGUAAAGUUUCUAAGAACGAAUUUUUUGAAGAGGAUUUUGAAGACAAUGAUAGUAAUGAGGAUAAUGAUUGGCAGAAUGAAAAAACAGGCAAUAAAAAGGUUAAAAGAGUCGAUGAUAUUGAAAGCAGUGAUAGCGAUAUGGAUCCAGAAGAACACAAGAAAUCAUUGAUGAAACUAAAGGAAACAGAUCCAGAAUUUUAUUCUUAUUUAAAAGAAAAUGAUAAAAAUCUAUUAGAUUUUAAUUUAUCCGAUACAGAUAACGAUAAUGAAUCUGUUGCUGAUAGUGAUAAUGAAUCUGUAUUACAUCACAAACCUAAUGAUAAGUUAGAGGUUGCUAGCGAUGAAAGUGAUUUUGAACCUGAAGAUAAUAACGGUAUACCAUCUGGCGGUCGAACAAAAGUUACGUUGCAAUUACUAAAAGUUUGGCAGAAUAAUAUUGAGAAUGACAAAACAUCCAAGUCUAUUAAAAUUGCAGUCGAAGCUUUCCAUGCCGCGUUGCAAACUGUAUCAGAAACGCAAGAUGAAAAUGCUACAAAAUUUAAAGUAGAAGGAAGUGCAAUAUUUAAUGGAGUCAUUCAAUUAUGUAUAAUGCAUUUACCUAAUGCAUUCAGACGUUUUUUAAAAUUGGGUACUAAUGCACAAUUUGCAGCACAUAAAUGCAAAAGAUUUAUUAAAGUGAAAGGUUCAUUAAAAUUAUAUUUAACUGAUUUAAUUACGAUUUUACGAAAUGUUUCAUCAGCUAACAUUCAAACAAUACUUUUAAAACAUUUACAUGAAAUGUUACCAUAUAUUCAAUCAUUUUCCUCAUUAAAGAAACCAUUAUUGAGAGUUUUAUUAAAAUUUUGGUCAACUGGCGAAGAAACUGUCAGAGUUGUUGCAUUUUUAUGUAUAUUACGUAUUGCAACUAGUCAUAAAGAAUCUAUACUUGAGAUAUUAUUAAAGUCAAUGUACGUAAAGUACGUAGAAAAUUCCAAAUUCGUAUCACCGAACACUUUGCCAGGAAUAAAUUUUAUGAGACAUUCUUUAACAGAGAUUUAUCUAUUAGAUUGUGAUUUUGCUUACAGUCAUGCCUUUUUAUAUAUCAGACAGCUUGCUAUUCAUUUAAGGAAUGCAAUAACUUUGAAGAAAAAGGAAAAUUUUCAAGCAGUAUAUAAUUGGCAGUAUAUAAAUUCAUUAUCUUUCUGGUCUAAAUUAAUAACAUUAUCAAAAAAGCAAUCAAUGUUGCAUUCUUUGUUAUAUCCUUUAGUACAGAUUAUUAUUGGAACAAUUAAAGUAAUACCAACUCAACAAUAUUACCCUUUACGUUUCCACUGUUUACAAAUGUUAACUAACAUUUCUAAAGAAACAAAUACUUUUAUACCCAUUUUACCAUUUCUAUUGGAGAUAUUAUCAUCUUAUGAUUUUAAUACAAAGCAUAAAGCUGUAUCAAUGAAACCAAUAUCUUUAAUUUGUAUAUUAAGAAUGUCUAAGUCUCAGUUACAAGAGAAUGGUUUUAAAGAUAGUAUAAUUGAUGCUAUCUAUCGAUUAAUAUUGGAAAAUGCAGCAAAGGAUAGCCAUUUAAUAUGUUUUCCCGAUUUAUAUGUUCCUUGUAUAAUACAAUUGAAAACAUUUUUGAAAAACUGUCAUGUUGCAAAUUAUUGUAAAAAAGUAAAGCAAUUGCUAGAAAAAAUAGAAGAAAAUUCAAAACAUAUAGAAAGUGAAAGAUCCAAGGAGAUAUUCGAUUUGAAGAAUAUGACAGAAAUCGAAAAUUGGGAAAAUAAAAUAAAAAUUCAGGGUACAGCUUUAGCGAAAUUUUAUAAUUCCUGGAUUAAGAUUCAUCAAGCUCAAAAACUAAAACAUUUAACGAAAAAUGAUGAAAUUAGUGAAUAUAAUUUACCAAGUUUAAGGAAACCAAAAAGGAAGAAAUCAAACGAAGAAGAUAUAAGUAGCGAAGAAGAAAGUGACUUUGAAUUACGAAUAAAAGGAACGGAAGAAGAGAAAGUAGACGAUAUAUCUGUAAAGAGAUGUAAUAAAAAGUCAAAGAAGAAAACAAAAGUAAUAAAUAAAAAAGUACCUGCAGAAGACGACAUACCUACAGAAAAUACAGAUAUUGUUAUGGAUAUUAAUAGCGAUGACUGGGAAUAAGUGUAGUAUUCUCAUAAUAAUUUCAAUAACUUUGUCACUCUAAAGAAAACAAAAAAAUCUAACUAGACAUACAAACGAUACAAAUAUCAGAUAUUUUGAAUGUAGAUCAUUUAUUGAUUUCAUCAUUGAUAUUUCAAACUAUGUCGAAAGUAUUUACAGAAUAUACAUACACAACACGUA